AAAACUCCAAGGUCCAAUUAGCUUCUUGGGAUCGUUCCAACAAGCCCAAUCUUCAUGUCUCUCCGGGAGAUACCUGUCAAGACAAGAUGACAACUCUUGAAAAAGACAAAGUGGCGGAGACCCCUGAUGUGAAAAGUGAGUCCGUCAAUGGUGAUCCUCAACCUACCAAUGAUCUGGCUAAAUCUAAAACUCAGCCUGAAAGCAAUGUGGAAGAUUCCGAGCCUCAGCCCAACAAGGAUCUUUCGGAUUCCGAAACAGAGCCCGAGAAAGUACUUCCUGCAUCCGAAAGCCAGGUCACUAGUGAUUAUGCAAAUACAGGAGUAUUGCCUACCCCUGAAUUGGACAACACCAAAGAACCUUUGAACAAUGAACCUGAGAAAACUGAAGCACUACCCAACAAACAAUCGGGUGAUACUGGGCCCCCGGACACUAAUCAACUAGUAGACACCCAGGUACCACUUAACGAUACAUCAGUCAACUCUGAAGCUACUCCUGAGGCACCAACCACAAAUGAGCAGGUUGAUUCUGAGGCAAUUGCAAGCAAUGGCGUGGCUCAUUCUGAAACACAGACCAGUAAUGAUGUCACUGAAACACAGCACACGGAGGUUAUUUUCUCUGAGACUCAGCAAAGCAAUGAAGUUGUCAUUUCUGAAACUCAGCCCAGCAGUGAGGUUGUUAUGUCUGACACGCAGCCUAGCAGUGACUUAGUAGCGCCUGAGACACAGCCCAGCAAUGAGGCAGUCAUUCACGAAGCACAUGCUGGCCAUGAUGUGGUAACGUCAGAAGCUAUAUCUGAACAUGAGUUGGCCAAUUCCACAACUGAUCCUAACAAUCAGCUCUCCCUUCCAGAAAAUCUUCCAGAUCAUCAUCAAUUCACUGAUCUCCAUGUGAUUCCAGAAGGCCAGUUGCCUCAACCUGAACCACUACCACAUUCCGAACAACUUCCUAGUUCUGAACCACUGUCAGACAGUCAUCUUGCAGACAUCAAACCAAUACCUGAAGAUCACCUGGCCCAGUAUGAUACUCUGCCCAACAAUCAUCUGCACCAUUCUGAGGAACUGUCCAACCACCAGCUAGCUAACUCUGAAGCACUGUCCCAUGAUCAGCUAGACAAUUCCCAAAUGAUACCUCACUAUGAGCUGACAAAUAACGAAACGCUGCAUGACAAUCGGGUAGUCGGUUCUCAAGCACACUAUGAGAUUGUUAAUGCUGAAACUCCACUGAACCAAGAGGAACAUACACCGGAAACACAGCCAAGCAGGAGGAGGAAAAAGAAAUCUAUAGUCUGGGAACACUUCACCAUAGAAAGAGUCAGUGCUGGAUGUAGAAGGGCACGCUGCAAGCAAUGCGAAAAAAGUUUUACAUACAUUAAUGGUUCAAAAGUGGCUGGGACUAGCCACCUUAAACGCCAUAUUGUCAAGGGAACAUGUCCAGGGCUUCAGCGUAACCAGGAUCCGAACCAGGUGACUCCAUAUACUCUGCGAUCAAGGGGUGGUGGUUCUGGCAAAAUUUUAACUAUUGCUUCUAAACUUUGAUAAUUCAAAAUAUAUUUAGGAAUAUACAGUUAUCGUAAAAUUAUGUCUAUUGUUUAUAUUUGAUAUGAUGCUUGGCUCGCUUCAAUGUUCAAAGAGUGAGUGAAGUACCAACCCGGCCCUGUUCAUUUUUAAGAAUGACA